ACAGUCUGACAGGCAAUGAUAGGCUUGUCUAGUAAUGCAGUGGUUAUGGAAAGUCUAACCAGUUGUGCUGAAGAGCAGCAUCCCUCCUCUCUCGUGACAAACUGCUGGUCAAAAAACCAGGAAUCGAGUGGGAGCCAGAGGCCAAAAUGUGUCAGAGGAUUUGUUUUAGUGCAUGCAGGAGCAGGAUACCAUUCUGAAUCUAAGGCCAAGGAGUACAAGCAUGCUUGCAAACGAGCCUGUCAGAAAGCUGUGGACCAGCUGAGAGCAGGGGCGCCUGCAGUGGAAGCAGUGACUGCAGCUCUGGUUGAACUCGAGGACUCUCCUUUUACAAAUGCCGGCAUGGGCUCCAACCUGAAUUUGUCAGGAGAAAUUGAAUGUGACGCGAGCAUCAUGGAUGGAAAGUCGCUGCAUUUCGGUGCAGUCGGAGCGCUCAGCGGAAUUAAGAACCCCGUCUUGGUUGCGAACUGUCUGCUGAAUGAAGCGCAGAAAGGGAAGCUAUCAGCUGGCAGAAUACCACCCUGCUUUCUAGUUGGUCGAGGGGCUCAUGAUUGGGCAGUCAGCCACGGAAUACCUCCAUGUCCUUCAGAGAAAAUGGCCACAAGGUUCAGCUUGUCUGCGUACAAGCGAAACAAACGCAAGAUGGAGCUGGCGGAGGGCACGGACGCAGAACAUCAUCAGACAAAGAAAAGACGACAAUCAAGUGAAAAUGAGAACGGCUCCGGAGGCCUGGACACAGUCGGAGCCGUGGUGGUGGACUUGGAAGGGAACGUCGCUGCAGCCGUGUCCAGCGGAGGCCUUGCUAUGAAACAUCCCGGCAGGGUCGGCCAGGCUGCUCAUUAUGGAUGUGGCUGCUGGGCUGAAAAUGCCUCUAACAUGAACCCUUUCUCUACAGCAGUGAGUACCUCAGGGUGUGGAGAGCAUCUGAUCCGCACCAUGCUGGCUCGCGAGUGCUCUGCUGCCAUGCAGUCUGAAGAUGCCCACCAAGCGCUGCUGGAGGCUAUGCAAAACAAAUUCAUCAGCUCGCCCUUUCUGGCCGGUGAGGAUCGUGUUUUGGGCGGAGUCAUUGUCUUGAGGAGCUGCAGAUGCGUGGAAGCUCAGCCAUCGCCGAAUAUUCAGGGUAUACUGGUGGAGUUCCUGUGGAGUCACACCACAGAGAGCAUGUGUGUUGGCUACAUGUCCGCACGAGACAGCAAAGCAAAGACACACAUUUCCAGAUUGCCACCCGGGACCGUUCCUGGACAGUCUUUGGCCAUCGAGGGAGGGGUGUGUCGGUUGAUGGUGGAGUGAACCACCAUCUCUUCUUCGUUUCUCCAACUUUCUGGGCUUCCUUAGCAAUACUCCCCAUAUAAACUGAGCAAAAUGUGCACACACACGGACACAAACAUCCCCCCCCCACCACCUUCCCACAGUCUUUGCGAUGCCAGAGAUAAAAAGCUUUCAUUGUUUUAAUAGGUGUUCAGGAAGGAGCGAGGAGCGUUAGCUUCUACUUAGUGCACUUACAGAACUUCCCUUUGC